AUGUCACUCUUGAGAGCGGGAGGAGCGAUUGUACUAUUGAGCGGUAUGAACAUAGAUGCUAGAGUGGUAACAAGAGGUAAUGUAGGCAAUCAGGGAUCACCAUUACUUCUUGGUCCUCAAGGUGGUGGUGCUACGCCUCCAUCGGCAAAUGAUAGUACAUCAUCAUCAGGGAGAUCGGGUGAUGAUGAUCCUCAAGACAGUAAUAAUAACGACGAUGAUGAUUCAGAUUCAGAUUCAGAUUCAGUUUCCACCUCUACCUCAACAGCUUCUGUCUCCACAAAAGCUUCAGGCAUAAGUACGACUACUUCCACUUCCACUUCCACUUCCCCUUCUACCUCAUCCUCUUCAUCGAUAUCAACAUCAAGAACAAAAACAUCCACCAUCAGUUCCAAUACAAUCUCUACAUCUUCACCAGCUCAUACCAGUGAGAAUCGAUUGAUUCCCCCCGAUCCACCUAAACAACCUUCCUCUGUGCGAUAUCUCGUGCCUGUAUUCCUCUUGAUCUUAAUCACCUUGGUAGGAUUCGGAUAUCAGAAGUAUCGUAAGAGGAAAAAGAGAAGAAGUCGAUCUUCAAUGGCUGGAAAAGAUUUUGAAAAAUUGAUGAAAAAUGGUAAUGAUCCGUUCCUCACCAGUGCUACUACUACCGAUAAUUCAAAUCCAUAUAGAGGUUGGAAAGAGAUUCCUUCGAAGGAUGAUGAUGAAGAUGAUGGGAUUUGGGAUUCAAGGAUGGAUGAUGAUGCGCCUCAGAUUAGGUUUAUAGAUGAAGAACAUAAUACUGUAAGAUUAGAGGGAUCGAGAGCCCCAACCGCAGGAGUAAAUGGAGGAUUGGUGAGAUCGGGUCAAUUUAUAUCGGCAAGUGAAAAAGGAUGGGGAUGGAGAGAAUCUUGGAACAAUUUCAAAUCUGCUAGAGGUAAAGAUAAUCGUAAUCACUUCAACACUAUGAGUGAUCUAGAAGAAGGUACGGGUGAUAUCGAUGGAGAGGAGAUAGAUGAGAAACAAACAAUGAAAUUGGUAAAAUCGAAUAAACUUUCUGCAUCUAUAACAUAUACCGAUAUACUUCCUGCGACAAGAGGUGUGAGUAUGGGUCAACAUGAUUAUCAUGAAGUUGCUAUAGAAGAUGAAUUAUCUUUAUCGUCACCAAGGGAAGGACAGAUUAGACAAUUGAAAGAUCAGUUGAACUCUUUGACUUAUCAAAACGAAAUCCCCCCGACAAAUACUGCACCGAAGAAAUCCAGUAGAUUGGAAAGGAAUAAAUCACCAAAUAGUAAACGACAAAGCAAACCAAUCAAAACUGAUAUCGGAGUUAAUCAAGAUAGUGUCAUGCCUGAGGCGCCCGAAUGGAUCAGACCACGUUCAGUCUCACCUACCAACCUAUCCAUCCUAAGUCCACCAAUGCAACCUCAUCUGUUCUUCCAUCCUUCGCCAAUACCAAACAAACGGAUCGAACCUUCUAUUAUCAGUGAAUAUAGUGAGAACGGGACGAUAUCAACUUUACCAAGUACACAAAAUACUCCUCAACCAUCACCCAACCCUGAUCCUGACACAAAUGUUAAAAUGCCUAGAAUACCAUCUACAGCAUCUGGUUUAGCAGGUAUAGAUUCUUUCUCUGUGGUAAACUCAAACAAAAUGCCACCAUCUGCUGGUGCCGACAAGAGAGAAAAGGGAUAUAUACCCUCUGGAUUAAAUCCUGUAUCCAACUCACCGAAAAAGAAUAAAGGGAUAUCAUCCCCUAAUAAGCUGAACUUGACAUUGAAACGUUCAACAGCCUUGAAAAACCUUUCCAACCCUUCUUCGAAAAAAUCUUCUUCUACUCUAUCUCCUGAUACUAUCAUCAAUAGACAGAAGAUAUCGAAGAAAAGUAGAGUAGAGAAGAAAGAGCUGAAGGCUAGAAACGAAGUUGAGGAUAUCCUUAAAGCAAGUUGGAGUGAUAGAGCGUUGAUCUCUCCUCCACUUGGGUCACCGACCAAUCAAGGAUUCGCAGAUCAUUUGAGGUCGCAGGGUGUUCCGGGAAUGAUGAGUCCUGGAUUGGAACAAGGUGGGAAUGGGAUUGAACAGAGGUUGGCUCUGUUGAAAGGGGUUGAUAUCUAG